AUCAAUGACAAAUAAGGUUAAUAUACGACAAUGGCUUAUGCAUGGAAGGCGCUAUGAUGGAAAUAGUAAGUAUAAGAACAGAUACGAAUCCAUUCAAGUUUUUAACAAAAUGUCACUAGAACUUUUUGAUUUUACUCAAGAAUCCUUAUGGAUUUCUUUUGCUUCAAUUUCUUUCAAUCCUCUUUUUUGGAAUAUUGCUGCUAGAGGAG